CCCCCAGCCAGGUCAUCCGAUCACACGGGUACCAAACAGAAGCGUAUACAUGAUGGCAGUCUCAGCUACACUAUCCUUUCUCACGGAGCAAUUCAACGAGCGUGUCGCGGACAAAUCUACGCGAGAGAAGUUCUACCAUGACGUGGUAGAAUUCUCAUAUCACCAGCCCUUUGUUGCGGCUUUCGUGUUUUCGCAAUUCAUGUUCGCUCUACUACCUCUACUAGGAUUCCUAGGAUUCUCGCUCGGGGUGGUAAUCAUCACCUUAGGAAUUUGCGGCUUCUGGAUCGGUGUUGGGCUUUGUGUCCUGUUCUCGACGCUAGCUUUCACCGCAACCAUCGCGACGGUAGUCUGGCUAUGUGCAUGCGCGAGCUUCUUGUGCGCAAGGUGGUUUAUGCGACUGGUUUCCGGAGCACCGCCAGGAGUAAAGCAAUACGCAAUCGAGAGUUCAGACAAAAUGAAGGAGGAUAGGAUUCUCCGCGGCAAAUCUGCCGCGGCCAAAAGGCCGGAGCGAAAGCUCCAGGAGGACACCCCACCAUACAGAGAAGCGAUGGCGGUCGAGUCUACUAAUUCCGCGGAUGAAUCGGGCUCGGAUAUCGAUAGUGAAAAAGGCAACGAUCAAAGGGUACUCACUCCGCCUGGAAACACGGUGCAAUCUCAGCCGUUAGGAACUCUGGGUGAAGGUGAGAAGCUGAGAAGGGAUAUUGAGCGGAGUUUGAGAUAGUCCAAUGUAUUGGCAAAGUGGGGACCGGGAUUUGGAAGGCGUUAAUGCUGUUUUUGUUGCUUCACUAAUAUCUCUUUGUGGAGUCGGUGGUUGUGAGGCAUACUUUCCUACUGUACUCGAGUAUUUGAAAACGGGUCUUUAAAAUCGG